AGACAUGAUUUUUACUGCGUUGGAGGGAGGGGUACACUUGUUAUUGUACCAUUGAAAGUUGGGGGUGAAAGUGGCGCUAUCGGGGUGCAAAGACGUCGGAUCUCCCAUUCAAAAUAGGUAUUCGAAGAAAUCACCGGUAAGUAAACCAAGAAGAAGUGGAUGCUCUAGAAGGGAAGCCAACUCCUCCUCCAGAAACGGUUUGCUGGAAUGGGUAAUCUUCUAAAAGUCCUUACAAGGGAAAUAGAGAACUAUCCACAUUUUUUCCUGGACUUUGAAAAAACCAAAUGGGGAAUCUGUUAAAAGUGCUCACUUGCACUGAACUUGAGCAAGGACCAAACUUUUUCCUUGACUUUGAAAAUGCACAGCCCACAGACUGUGAGAGAGAUGUAUGGAACCAGGUGAACGCGGUGCUCCAGGACUCUGAGAGCAUUCUCUCUGGCCUACAGGCCUACAAGGGAGCCGGACAGGAGAUACGAGAGGCCAUUCAGAACCCCAAUGACAUGAUCCUACAGGAGAGAGCCUGGAACUCAGUCUGUCCCUUAGUCAUACGACUCAAAAAGUUGUACGGCUUCUCGCUGAGACUAGAGAGGGCCCUUCAGAGCCUGCUGGAGUCCCUGACAUGCCCCCCGUACACCCCCACCCAGCACCUAGAGAAGGAGCAGGCUCUGGCCAAACAGUUUGCUGAGAUCCUUCACUUUACCCUGCGCUUCGACGAACUCAAGAUGAGAAUUCCUGCCAUCCAGAAUGACUUCAGUUAUUACAGGAGGACCAUCAGCCGAAACAGGAUAAACAACAUGAAUUUGGAUAUAGAGAGAGAGGUCAACAAUGAGAUGGCCAACAGAAUGUCACUGUUCUACGCCGAGGCAACGCCCAUGCUGAAAACCUUAAGCACAGCUACGACAAACUUCGUAACAGAGAACAAGACAUUACCCCUGGAGAACACCACUGACGUUCUCAGUACAAUGGCCAGUGUCUGUAAAGUCAUGCUGGAGACACCAGACUACACGUGCCGGUUCAACAGUGAGGACACGCUGCUGUUCUGUAUGAGAGUGAUGGUUGGAGUCAUCAUCCUGUACGACCACGUCCAUCCCAACGGAGCCUUCAACAAGUCCUCCAAGAUAGACAUGAAGGGAUGCAUAAAGGUCCUGAAAGAACAGCCAGCAGAUAAUGUUGAAGGUCUCCUGAACGCCCUCAAGUUCACCACCAAACACCUGCACGACGAGUCCACUCCAAAAAACAUCCGCUCCAUGCUUCAGUAACGUUUUUAUAUGAAGAGGAUCAAUGUACUGACCUCAACGAAAGAUGUAUAUGUUUACAUAAUUUAAAAGACUGAAUGUUAAUACUUGUGUAUUUACAUAGUCAUUCCCUGCAAGUUGCUGAAACGUAUAGAACGUAUACCCUUUUCUUCGAAAAAUGAAUUGCCUUUUACUGUUAUUAUGUUAACAUACCUUUCAGCCUUACAAACUGAGCUUGGCAAGUAGCAUUUGGAGAAACAAGCACUCUGGUUGGUUCCUGUGACUGAGCCAAGCACUCUGGUUGGUUCCUGUGAGCGGGCGAAUGAAAGGUGCUUCAUCUGUGGUUUGUGUCAACAAAAGAUGAAUUCCAAAUCAACUCCUAGCCUGGGGUGUAUUAAUUAGUCGGAUUCCGUUUACAAAGGAAACCGUUUAAACGGAAACAAACCGAGCAGACGGAACCAAACUUGGAGGGACCUACCUGCAUGCGUCCAAUAGAAACUCUUGUUUCUGUUGCAAAACGGUUUCCAAUUGAAAUAAACGUUUUCCGUUGCAAAACUUUUGCAAAGGAAUCCGACAUAAUGAAUACACCCUAUGUUCCAGAUCUGUUUGUCCUGUCUCCUGUGGAUGGCAAGGUGAAGAUUGUUCAACCCUACUCAAUCCUCUCCUAUCUACAAGAGUGCCUAGGAAGUAGAGGCUAGCUAGGGGCUGGUUUGGAAUUAAGCAGGGGAUGCGUUGAGGGGAAAAAGUGAUGGCUUUCAUAUAACGUGUUCUCAGUAAGUUGGUGGACUUUGUGCCUUGUUGGCAAGAAAAUGACAAAGGCAAUUACGUGCC